UUGUUGGCUGCUCCUGCCACUGCAGCCAGUGCAGGCUAGCAGGUUUUAGCAGGCUAGCAGGUUUACCUUCGCAUUUGAACUGUUUGUCACUUGAAAUCGGAAUCAUGAAACGCUCAAGUGUACAUAAAAGAUGAAGAUUGUACGGACAGGGCAAUGAUUUCCAUAAACAUUGCCUCUGAAAAGGAGGAAAUACAGGUUUAAAGACUCCCGGAAGUGUCACUGAAGAUUCCAGUUACUGAGGACACAAUGAGCAGCAAAUAUGGCCUGGUGGGUUACAACAGUUCACGGAAGCACAUCUCCAUCUCCAUUCCGUCGUCCACAGAGGUGAUGUCGCCUCACAUCAAGUCUGUGGAGGAGCUGAGGGUUCUGGGAAUCAACCUCACCAGCUUAAGUGCCCCAACACAGUUCUUCAUCUGUGUGGCUGGAGUCUUCCUCUUUUAUCUUAUCUAUGGAUAUUUGCAGGAAUUAAUAUUUUCUGUGGAAGGAUUCAAACCUUUUGGUUGGUACCUCACUUUGGUACAGUUUGGCUUUUAUUCCAUGUUUGGACUCGUUGAGCUUCAGUUCACGCAAGACAAACGCAGAAGGAUACCAGGGAAGACCUACAUGAUGAUUGCAUUUUUAACAGUAGGAACUAUGGGACUAUCCAAUACCUCUUUAGGCUACUUGAACUACCCUACCCAGGUCAUCUUCAAGUGCUGCAAACUCAUCCCAGUCAUGAUCGGAGGAGUUUUUAUACAAGGUAAACGGUAUAACUUGACUGAUGUGUCUGCUGCUCUCUGCAUGAGUCUGGGACUCAUCUGGUUUACCCUCGCUGACAGCAAAGUAGCUCCCAACUUCAAUGUGACAGGUGUUGUGCUCAUAUCCCUGGCUCUGUGUGCAGAUGCCGUCAUUGGAAAUGUGCAGGAAAAGGCCAUGAAGCUUCACAACGGCUCCAACUCUGAAAUGGUGCUGUACUCGUACUCUAUCGGUUUCAUCUACAUACUGGGAGGCUUGCUCUGUGUGGGUGGGCUGGGACCAGCUGUGGCUUUCUGCUCAGAGCAUCCUGUUAAGACGUACGGUUAUGCCUUCUUCUUCUCUCUUACGGGUUAUUUUGGGAUCUCCUUUGUGCUCGCCUUAAUCAAGCUGUUUGGCGCCCUGGUUGCAGUAACAGUAACCACUGGAAGAAAGGCCAUGACCAUCAUACUUUCCUUCAUGUUCUUCACCAAACCGUUCACUUUUCAGUACAUUUGGGGCGGCCUUCUGGUGGUCUUCGGCAUCUUCUUGAAUGUUUACAGUAAAAACAAAGAGAAAAUGAAACUCCCUACGUUAAAGGACGUCAGGAGCUGGCUGCUGACGAAAAAGAAAGUCCGAUUUCUGUCGCAAAACGUGUAGGUGGCCCCCGUCUUCCCCUGCCGCCCCCAAUUCGGCGGAACCCCGCACAGACGAGACUGCUUCCAACCUCUCUACGCCUCGGUCCACGAUUUCCAGGGGAUGAGCCGAAGCAUGUGCCUGAGCAACGGCGCUACAUCACCAUCAAUACCCAAACCACGGAUGGGUAUACAGGGUCUGACCUCCAAUCAGCCUUACAAGCAGCUGACAUGAUUAAACUGUGGUUCAGGGAGUUGCCGGAUGAUGUUUAUAUCUAAUACCAGAACUCUGCCGGUUAGCUGGAAGCGCUGUUAGAAGAAGUGUAUAAAAAAUAAAUAAAUAAAAGAAAGAAAGAGACAUUUUUAUAAAAGGGGUUCAGUGCCUGGUGGGGUCUUGCAAAGCGAACUUUAGAGCCCCACAGAAACAUUCCCUGCGCCGGGUUGAAGCCGUGAGGACCUGCGAGACUCUCUAAAGGGAAGCCAGCUCCUUAGCUAACCAAAUUGCAGUUUUGCACUGGAAUCAACUCAAACCCUUGAGUGGUUGGAAGAGAAACGAACUGUCGGAAGGGAAAAGAUAAAUCCAGGGACGUAUUGAUGUGCGUCAUGUCUAAAAUGAUUGUCGCCCACCCUGUAUGACAAACAAAUCGAAACAUUUUGAUAAGAAUUUGCCCCUCCCCUCAUCCACCCCUUGCAUGUGCCAGAGAAACAGUGGUGUUUUGCAUAAUAAACAUCUUUAUAAAAGUGGUUUUUCAUACUUUCUGGGUAAUUUUAAAAAGUGGUCUGUCUGGUCACGUGAUGAGCAUUUUGAGUUCUACAUGAUUAUUUGUGUUGCCGUAUUGCGACACUUUGUCAACUGCCAUAAUUCGUUAAUCAUUUCUGGAUGAAAGGGUCCAUCUCUUUUACAAUAAACUAUGUAUUUAGUAAUUACAGUGA